CUACUACCUACCCACUUAACAACGCAUCAUCGAAUCAAACUUUGUAUAAAUCAAAUUCAACUCCACUCUUUAGUCAAUAUCCAAUGGCACUACCGUCGGUCACCGCUCUGCAGGUGGAGAACGUUGCUUUCCCUCCCACCUUGAUCAAACCUCCGGCCUCCGCAAACACCCUCUUCCUCGGCGGCGCUGGCGAGAGGGGAUUGCACAUUCAGGACAAGUUCGUCAAGUUCACCGCUAUUGGUAUUUACUUGCAGGAUACCGCCGUUCCCUCACUCGCCGUUAAGUGGAAGGGUAAGCCUGUCGAUGAGUUAACGGAAUCCGUCCAAUUCUUCAGGGAUAUCGUUACAGGUCCAUUUGAGAAAUUUAUGCAGGUGACGAUGAUCUUGCCAUUGACGGGCCAACAAUACUCGGAGAAAGUGUCUGAGAAUUGUGUGGCUAUUUGGAAGCAUCUUGGCAUUUACACUGAUGAAGAAGGCAAAGCAAUAGACAAGUUUGUUUCCGUUUUCAAAGACCAAACGUUCCCACCAGGCUCCUCUAUCCUCUUCACAGUGUUGCCUAAAGGAUCAUUAGCGAUAAGUUUCUCUAAAGAUGGAUCCAUUCCAGAAGUUGAGUCUGCAGUUAUAGAUAAUAAACUGCUUUCAGAGGCUGUGCUGGAGUCAAUGAUUGGUGCACAUGGCGUUUCCCCUGCAGCAAAACAGAGCUUAGCUUCAAGAUUAUCUGAGCUAUUCAAACACCAUGCGGAAGUUUAAUCUGGAGCACUCUCAACUUACCACUUGGGGACUUUUUAGUGUGCAAAUAAAUUGCGGAAAUGCAGAUUUUAGAGUUUCAUCUAAGCACUGGACAGAUGGCUCAGGGUCCUAGCAUCUUGUUUCCAUUUUGUUGUUUCUCUUUCAUGUGAUAUUAUGCUUUUUAAUUAGGUAUGAUAAUCAAACUCGAAUUUGUGGGUAUUCCAGACCCGACUUUGACGGGAAAAUCUGCUUUGCCGGAUUUAGGGAUUCAAUAGUACCCUAACCAAGUCGAGGAUCUAUCCAAGUUUAAUAAAAUUGUUAAUGUUCAUUUA